AUGCCUCCAUCUAGUCACCUUUCCAUGCGGGCCUCGUGUGAUCGCUGCCGGUUCCACAAGCUCAAGUGCGUUCUCAGCUCCGAAGAAAGUCCCAGCAGACAUGAGUGUGCACGAUGCAUCCGGGCCAAGGUCAAAUGCGUGUACAGCCCGAGGGCGCCAGCAAGACGCCGGAAGAUCGUAGUUUCUGAGAAGACCUCUCAGACUUUUAGCUGUGAGGGUUUUGGCCCUCCCACGCCGUUGACUGACUCUCCUAGUACUGGGGAGGAAGACUUUGGCGAUGCGGCUCUCUCACACAGCCAUGCCUACUCAUUGUUUACCUUCGACAGUCCCGCACUGGAUCAGCCAGUAGUGCCAGCAUUGAGUACUGCAGGGCAGGUUGUCUCCGACACAGCACUACACGAAUCCCUCUUCGGCUCGCAUACACCACAGUCUGUCCUACAGCAAGUCGGCCAAGAUCUCAGGUUUGGCCUAUCGACCACCCACCCACCAUCCAUGUGCGAGAGUCAACAGCUACAGGCCCACAUCCACCUCGUAAAACCCCCCACCACCACAGCCACUCGAAUCUCGAAUCUUGUGGCCGAAAUCCAUAAGACACUAGCCUUACUACCGGAUAACUGCCGCGGUAGCAGAUAUCCCAACUUCAACUUGCGCGAGUACCCAGUCGGUACCGUUUUGCACCUAGCCCAGGACCUCAUUGACAUCGUCUCCAAGUUUAAACCCGCCUCUGAGGCACCCACAACACCAGAUAUAUCCACCUCCCUCACAACAUUGGCACAUUACACGACAGCAUCGUCGACUGGUGGCGACUCGGCCAUCUCAACCUUGCUCAAUCAAGAAUUCUACCCGGACCUCAUAUCUCCUGACCCGACGCUCUCAUCCACAUCUUGUGUCCAUGACAACGUCAUGGACACCCCAACCAAGCUCCUGGCUAUGGGCUGCUACUUCUCCCUAAGGCGACUCUAUUACGUAGUAUUCACGCAUUUUGAAGGUUAUCUAAGCACGAAGCAGCAAGCGCCAUCCUCUCGUGGACAACUGGCGGAUAAUUUAGCCAAGGGGAGGGAGCUUCAGGUCGGCGAGCUGCUCUCUACGGAUGAGAUGUGUAGCAGUAUUAAGACGGCGGUCAGGCUUAUGUUAGAAGUACUGCAGUGUGCAGAUAACGUUCUCAGCAUCCUUGAAGUUGUGGGCACUGAAUUUGAUGGGCUGGGAAGCAAACUCGUUACCGAGGGUGAGGCUGUUGAGAUUCUCACCCUAAUUGACUCUCCUAACCCCAUCGGUCUCGGCAAGCUUCCAAAGCGCAUGUACGACUUCCUAGAGAACUUGGGCAUCUUCGGUGCCUUCGAGAUGGGCGCGGAGACUAAGGCCCCGCUGGACUAG